GGUGAUUUUUGUUGAACAGAAACAAAACAAAAUCAACCGGUCGGUGUGUUUAUUGUUUGUUUGUGAUUGGAACUUUGUUUUAGAUUUUAACCGAAAUUACUUACUAUAAUAAUUGUAAAACAGUAGUUUGUAUAUGUUUACAAGUUUUCUACAUUAUUUCCUAAUAUAUAAUAAGGAGCUCAAAAAUAUGCAGGCCCCAAAGCAGGAGCUGUUUCUGCUUAACUGGGAGAUCUCCAAUCUUACGACGAAACUUCAAGCAUUCGCAAAUAUCUACUCAAAACUUGAUUACACAACACUCGACUGUCUGAGCAAGUUGAUCGAUACUGUGUAUAAUAUUUUAAGCAAAGCGUCUCCCAUGCGUUGUGCAGAUUGGGAUGCCAAGGAUGAUAAAAUAUUGAUUGGAUACUCUUUUCACCAUACCAUCAAUUGUAAGCAGUGCGGUCGGGCGGUGAAAAUGACGCGAACCAGUCUUCUGAAGCACCUGAAAGAACACAAAUCUGGCAAAAUAAGCUCGCAAGUCAUUAAAUUGACUGACGAUGAUCUCGAUCUGGUUGCAGCUCUUGACAAUAUAGGACUAAAUGUUGGGGAAAUAUGUUCGCAAAAAAGUUCAACUAAAUUAUACAAUCGAACAGAUAUUGCAAUGCAAAAUUCAGACAAUGCAAUGAUAAAUUCUGAGAGGGAUACCCCAGAUUCAAUAGUAGUACAUUUGAAAAAAGAUGAUACAUCAGAACAGAAUUCAUUCAUUGGAAAAGAACAGCGAAAGACUCAUAUUCCAACAAAACAAAAUGCACUCGAGAAAACAAAUCAGAAACAAAAAGAACCUAAACGGAAAGCUCACGUACCGAUUCGACUGAUUGAUGGCGAUUACACUGCAGUGGGUAGUAUUCCCAAUACAAAAUUUGACUUGUCGAAGAAAACCAAAAAGUUCAUCAUAAACAUAACCCCAAAAACUCGGUUCAUGGUGCAUAAAUCACGUCGACACGAAAUCUUAGAAUCCCCAGCCCAUCACGAGAUCGUUUUAUCCUUGGAAAGUGCUUUUCAGACUUGCUAUCCUAGAGCUAAAGCAUAUCUUUUUGGCUCUCGCAUAAACGGACUUGGCAACGAAUGCAGCGAUCUGGAUAUUUACCUGGACCUAGAGAACAACUACGAUGGAUCACUCAAAUAUUCCAAAGAUAAGCUUAAGUUCUUCGUUGAAUUGACGGAGAAAGUAUUUAGUUUAACCGACCAGUGGACCAAACUUGACCCAGUAAUAAGUGCCAGAACUCCUAUACUACGAGCAUGGAAUACGAAGCAUAAAAUCGACUGCGAUAUAUCGUUUACUCAUGGCCUAUCCCACAGCAACACUCGACUAAUACAAUAUUUUUUCGAGCUGCAGCCCGUUUGUUAUUAUGUAGCUCUUUAUGCAAAAGAAUGGUCUCACAGCUUCAGCAUGCCAGGUUUGAAUACCUACACGAUCAUACUACUCACUAUAUUCUACUUCCAAAAGCACAAAUUCUUGCCUUCCGUGCAAAAAUUACAGAAAAUGUGUAAAACGCCUUAUCUUAUAUCUUAUUGGCAGGCUAAUUUCGAGAAACAAUCUCUAGAAAGUCUGGAAAUACUUCAAAUACCGGAAGAGAAUAUCCAUGAACAAUUAAUAAACUUUUUCUCUUUCUACGGAAUACGAUUCUGCUUCGACACACAAGUGGUAUGCCCUUUUUUGGGAAAAGCACAGUUGAAGACUAACUUUGAUCCAUAUGACGGCAAAAUUUCAUCAAAAAUGGAGACUUUGUUGAACUAUUACAACAGUCUAAACGUGACCAAAGCUCAUCCGAUAAACGAUCUGCUAUCGUACAUGAAACCGAUGGUUGUCCAGGAUCCUCUCGAGUUGAAUCACAAUGUAGCCAAGGGACUAAGCCCCACAGAUGUCAACAGGUUCCGGAAGUAUUGCGCGCAUACAGCGGAUUUACUGGGUGGAGUUUUGGACGAAACGUCCUAAAAUGAUGUGGAAUAAGCCACGUUGUUAUUAAAUGUUUUAUUUUUUUUAUAUUUUAUCCAUUAGUGACAACAACAAUUGGUUUUUUGUAUCGUCAUUAAACAAUCAUUAAACUGUAAGUUUCAUAAUUUUACACAUAA